GCCCGCCCUCCUCCACCCCCUCCUUUGCCUUGGCCUCCUCCGCGUGAAUCACCACCACCACAGCCGUCGACCCCAUAUAGGCCCAGUGCCGGACCUUGACCACUGCCUCGUCCACCACCCGGAAGGCCGUCGCCAACGCCUCCGUCACCUUUUCCUGUCCAAGCCUUCGCAUGUCCGCGUCCGGCAAUGCCGCCAAGAAUUGAGCGUUCAGAUUCUGUCGGAGGUAUUUCGAAACAGCUGCUCCCCCAUGCCCAUCGUAGACGCCAGCGAAAGACCCGUCCUUGGAAAUAAAAAAAUCGUCCUCCAUGUAGGACCUCUGUCCUUUGAAAGCGACGACGGACGUGGUGUAGG